CUUAUACCCAACCAUCACUAUAUAUCACACAGACCCAGAGGUGGUCAGAAGUGGUCUUUCAUGUUUGUUCACGUAACAGGUGCAUUUGGAGGAGCCUGCGUUUUCGACAGACUUUUUAGAUUAUUAUUUGAAGAAUGAGGGAGUGCAUUUCUGUCCAUGUUGGCCAAGCUGGUGUGCAGAUUGGAAACUCGUGUUGGGAAUUGUACUGCUUGGAACAUGGUAUCUGCCCAGAUGGAACAGCUGCUGAUGAUAGCAAAACUCUACUGGACUCCUCCUUUGGCACUUUUUUCAGUGAGACUGGUCCUGGGAAGUAUGUUCCUAGGUCCAUAUUUGUCGACUUGGAGCCAUCAGUUAUAGAUGAGAUCCGUAAUGGGUCCUACCGUCAGCUGUACCAUCCGGAGCAGUUGAUUAGUGGUAAAGAGGAUGCAGCCAACAACUACGCUCGUGGUCACUACACCAUUGGAAAGGAAAUUGUGGAUCCGGUCCUGGACAGGAUUCGUAAAAUGACAGACCAGUGCUCGGGUCUCCAGGGAUUCCUCAUCUUCCACAGCUUUGGAGGAGGCACUGGCUCUGGCUUCACCUCCCUGCUGAUGGAGCGUCUGUCUGUUGACUACGGCAAGAAGUCCAAGCUGGAGUUCUCCGUGUACCCUGCUCCCCAGGUGUCCACUGCUGUAGUGGAGCCCUACAACUCCAUCCUCACGACCCACACCACUCUAGAGCACUCUGACUGUGCCUUCAUGGUGGACAACGAAGCCAUUUUUGAUAUUUGCAAGCGCAACCUUGACAUUGAGCGUCCCUCCUACACCAAUCUGAAUCGCCUUGUCGCCCAGAUCGUCUCGUCUAUCACUGCAUCUCUACGCUUUGAUGGGGCUCUGAAUGUGGAUCUCACGGAGUUCCAGACUAACCUUGUUCCCUACCCCCGUAUUCACUUCCCCCUGGUCACCUACUCGCCAAUAAUCUCUGCGGAAAAGGCAUACCAUGAGCAACUCUCUGUGCCCGAGAUCACAAAUGCUUGUUUUGAGCCAGUUAAUCAGAUGGUGAAGUGUGACCCGAGGCGUGGUAAGUACAUGGCCUGCUGUGUGCUGUACCGUGGGGAUGUGGUACCCAAAGACGUCAACGGUGCCAUUGCUGCCAUCAAGGCCCGCCGAUCCAUUCAGUUUGUGGACUGGUGCCCCACCGGCUUCAAGGUGGGCAUCAACUACCAGCCGCCAACAGUGGUGCCAGGAGGUGACUUGGCCAAGGUGCAGAGGGCUGUGUGUAUGCUGAGCAACACGACUGCCAUCGCUGAGGCCUGGGCUCGCCUGGACCAUAAGUUUGACCUGAUGUAUGCCAAGAGGGCCUUUGUGCACUGGUAUGUGGGUGAGGGCAUGGAAGAGGGGGAGUUCAGUGAGGCCAGAGAAGACAUGGCUGCACUGGAGAAGGACUAUGAGGAAGUUGGGGCAGACUCGGCAGAGGAUGGAGAAGAGGAGGAAGAAGAGUACAGGGAGUGCAUUUCUAUCCAUGUUGGCCAAGCUGGUGUGCAGAUUGGAAACUCGUGUUGGGAAUUGUACUGCUUGGAACAUGGUAUUCGCCCAGAUGGAACAGCUGUUGGAAAUGGCACAACUCUACUGGACUCCUCCUUUGGCACCUUUUUCAGUGAGACUGGUUCUGGGAAGUAUGUUCCUAGGUCCAUAUUUGUUGACUUGGAGCCAUCAGUUAUAGAUGAGAUCCGUAAUGGGUCCUACCGUCAGCUGUACCACCCCGAGCAGUUGGUUAGUGGUAAAGAGGAUGCAGCCAACAACUACGCUCGUGGUCACUACACCAUUGGAAAGGAAAUUGUGGAUCCAGUCCUGGACAGGAUUCGUAAAAUGACCGACCAGUGCUCGGGUCUUCAGGGAUUCCUCAUCUUCCACAGCUAUGGAGGAGGCACUGGCUCUGGCUUCACCUCCCUGCUGAUGGAGCGUCUGUCUGUGGACUACGGCAAGAAGUCCAAGCUGGAGUUCUCCGUGUACCCUGCUCCCCAGGUGUCCACUGCUGUAGUGGAGCCCUACAACUCCAUCCUCACGACCCACACCACUCUAGAGCACUCUGACUGUGCCUUCAUGGUGGAUAACGAAGCCAUUUUUGAUAUUUGCAAGCGCAACCUUGACAUUGAGCGUCCCUCCUACACCAAUCUGAAUCGCCUUGUCGCCCAGAUCGUCUCGUCUAUCACUGCAUCUCUACGCUUUGAUGGGGCUCUGAAUGUGGAUCUCACGGAGUUCCAGACUAACCUUGUUCCCUACCCCCGUAUUCACUUCCCCCUGGUCACCUACUCGCCAAUAAUCUCUGCGGAAAAGGCAUACCAUGAGCAACUCUCUGUGCCCGAGAUCACAAAUGCUUGUUUUGAGCCAGCUAAUCAGAUGGUGAAGUGUGACCCGAGGCGUGGUAAGUACAUGGCCUGCUGCGUGCUGUACCGUGGGGAUGUAGUACCCAAAGACGUCAACGGCGCCAUCGCUGCCAUCAAGGCCCGUCGAAGCAUUCAGUUUGUUGACUGGUGCCCCACCGGCUUCAAGGUGGGCAUCAACUACCAGCCGCCAACGGUGGUGCCAGGAGGUGACUUGGCCAAGGUGCAGAGGGCCGUGUGUAUGCUGAGCAACACGACUGCCAUCGCCGAGGCCUGGGCUCGCCUGGACCAUAAGUUUGACCUGAUGUACGCCAAGAGGGCCUUUGUGCACUGGUAUGUGGGUGAGGGCAUGGAAGAGGGAGAGUUCAGUGAGGCCAGAGAAGACAUGGCUGCACUGGAGAAGGACUAUGAGGAAGUUGGGGCAGACUCAGCAGAGGACGGUGAAGAAGAGGAAGAAGAGUACUAACAUGUUGUUGGUGUUGUGUUGUAAUAAAAGUUUGCAUUGGAAA